AUGGUGAUGAUAUCUUACAGAAAGACAAGGGGUAUGGGAUCUGCACGUGUCCAAAAAGUGCAUAGGAAAAAACAGAGGUGGUCAGACAAGAGCUACAAGAAGGCUCACCUAGGAAACGAGUGGAAGAAGCCUUUUGCUGGUUCUUCUCAUGCAAAAGGAAUCGUUCUUGAGUUGAUAGGAGUCGAGGCUAAGCAGCCUAACUCUGCUAUCCGUAAGUGUGCUAGAAUACAACUUAUCAAGAACGGAAAGAAGGUUGUUGCUUUUGUUCCUAACGAUGGUUGUUUGAACCUCCUUGAACCAAAUGACGAGGUGUUGAUCUCUGGAUUUGGUCGUAAGGGUCAUGCUGUGGGAGAUAUUCCUGGAGUUAGGUACAAGGUCGUCAAGGUUUCUGGUGUUUCACUCUCUGCUCUCUACAAGGGCAAGAAAGAGAAGCCAAGAUCUUAAACAAAAUCUUAAAGCUUUUGAAUUUUAUUUUCAUGGCAUAAGCACUUUAUUUUCAGUACUUUAUUUUAAAAAUAAAGAACUCUUGUGUUCUGUUCUACUUUGAGAUUCAAUAACUUGGUUUGUUAAGACUUCUAUUUCGAUGAGCAUUUGAGUUUAGUUUAUUCGAAUUUAU